AUGUCGAAAAUGCCAUAUACUCCCCACUGCACCGCCACGCCCAAAUGCACCUUCUGCGCCCCCCUCUACACAGACCUCUACCCACGCUUCGGCCCCUCAAAGCUAACCCUCCCAACACCGAAGACCUACCCUAUCCUCUUCACAAACACAUUCAACCUUACACUUACACCCGCAUCCCUGCAGACAUUCUCCGCUAUCGAAGAUAUGGAAUCGAUCAUCGAGUCUUUUAUCCUGGAGAACUCCUUUCCGGAGUAUAGGGAUAUCCGUGUCCCCGUUUACAGACUCCUCACAAUCACUGAUUCCCCUGGCCAUAGUCACGACGCCGAGACCGUGAUGAAGCUGAUGAAAGAAAACACAAAGGCUAAAGAGGCGAGUCCAAGCGCGAGCCUAGCCCUAACGCUAACCCUCCUCAUCGACUUCCCCGAGAAGCAGCAUAUUGGCCCGGAGAAGAUGGGCUGGUUAUUCGGGGAGUUCCCUGCCGUGCCGAAUUCGUCGUGGGAGAGGAGGGGGCCGGAGGAGGGGGAGGCCAGGCAUGCGAGCUUGGCGAGGUUGGAGUUUUGGAGGGAGGUGUUGCGUGCCGAGGGAGAGGGGAGGGUGGUUUUCGGUCCCGAGUAA